CUGCUGAAGCCUGUUGCUGUGAACUGGCGAAGAAGCACACAAACCUUAAAAAACCUAAAAAAUAUAUAUUAUUUACUCCGCACACCACCACCACCACUCAGCCACAAUGGCCAACAAACUAUUACCCUUUCCUUCUACUUCACCACCAGCAGUAUCAGUAGUAGCAGAACAGGCACCGAGUUCAUCAGCAAUGGAAAACCAAACAUCAGAUCCGCCCCAGCGACUCAGGAUGCCAUACUACACUCCACUCAACCCUCGCCAGUUCUCCAGUUCCGCCGCCAAGAGAGAAUCCGUCAUGGCCCUAGGAUCGAUCGCACAUCUUCAGCACUACUUCGUCAGGAACGGAUUGGCUACAAAGAACAGGUCUGCUAGCCACAGGAAUAUGAUCCUUGCCGUACCCGGUCGUGACCCAAAUCAGCUGUCGGAGGAAGAUGAGGAGGUACUCCAGAACUUGCCUCCCGAACCCGCACCACCGCCGCCCAAGCCCAGCCAACCACAAUUCCCAGCGGGAAGAGCACUACCCAAUCUUACCGACCUCGAAUCGGCCCGACAGGAGGUCAUGGCCCAGUUGGAUCAAGUUUGUGAAUCUUGGGGUCUCGUCCAACUGGCCGCAACCAGAGCUCCCUCAGUAGCCUCGAACCGUUCGGGCGAUGAUGAACUCAGUCAAUCCAUCCCGCCCUCCUCACCCGGCCUGCAAAACCUACAACUGGCUCACUUCUCAUCCUUCACAGCCGAUCACCAUCACCAUAACGAAGGCUUUAUCAUCAACCUCAUCUCACUCACCACCCGUGCCGUCCGCUCCGUCCAAAAGUUCAUUCUCACCAUCCCCGAUCCUGACAUCUUCAGCCCUGCCAACAUCUCCAACCUCGGUGGCGACCUUCAACGUCGAAUGUCUCAUCUCGAACUCUCAACCGCCGCCCGUCCUCGGAUCUCCCGUUCCACCUUCCUUGGCUCAUCUCAACGUGCAUCUUCCCCCUCUCGCAAUGAACCACCCGCGCUCAUCUCUCGUCGCUCUGCCACCGGUUUCGAUCCAUUCGCACUCUUCAAAAAACGGGCCGUCUCUGGGCCGAUGAUGUCCUACGCAAACUCGCAAACUCAAACCGCUAAGGAUGAUCCAUUGGCAAUCCUAAGAAAGAUGUCCUUGGAAGUGUUGACAUGCUUGAAGGAUAUCGAGCACAAAUUCAGGAUUCCUGGUUCAGCAACACCGAUGGAUAACCAAGAGUUUUCGAUCUUUCAAUCCUCCGAUCAGCAUCAGAGAACCAGUCCCCCUCAACAACACAGCCUGGCUGAGACAAAGAUAGUAGAGCAGGACGAAGAUAAUUCAGAAGGCUCACUGAUUCUACCUAGUAUGAGCUGGGAGUACCGACAGGAUGUCAGUCUGGAAGAAGUGCGUAAAGAGGCACUGGUCGUCAAAGAGUGGCUAGAAUGUGUGGACGGGAUCCUGGAGGGAAUGAAGAUCAUCACUGGAAGUCGAAGGAAGAAGAGCCAUCUGGGUGUCAAAAAUCAGCCGACGAACAUGAAGAAGAAAUCGGGAAUCGUCAAAGAUCGAAACGUGUUCAAGAAGAUCAUCAACUCAUCCAAAUUCUCGACAAGCAAUAAUGCCGAGAUGAAAGUGCCGGAUAUCUCACUAGAUGAUGGGACGAUGACGGAGGAUGAGAGUUACUCAGAGAUGGAAGAUGAAGAGGAUAGCGAGGAGUUAUUGCCCGAUUGGGCCCGCAACGAUCGCUUCCUAAUCAAGUCUAGCAGAACCGAUGAUCAGGGUAAUCCGAUCGAUGGCCUGGAGAACGAUCCACUUGGGAGAUUGUUUAGCUGUCUAGUUAGUCAUCUGCCCCAUGAACUCCUCUCGCAUCUUGUCCCGCCUCAUGGGGAAUUUGGAUCGAGAAUCGGCUUCCUGGACUCCCUGUCAGAUGGAACAUUACUAUGUUUGGCAUACAACACAGUCCUCCGAAAGUCGCAGCGACCGUGGGGGUUCAUCCCGGUCGAGAGUAUCCACAACCUAGUGACGCUGACGGGCGGGAAGGGGAGUAGUGGAGGGGGAGGAAGUACGUCGAUGGUGAUGUCGCCGGAGAUGGGUAGUGAGCGGUCGUUAAGCAAGUCGAGCAUGGGCGCGAUCGACGAGCAGGAGUCGAUGGAUGGGGAGGACCGUCUCAGGAGCCCGGGCUCCUUCGGCGUCCAUUCCCGAUUCCCUACCCAUACCGGCUCGGAUUCAUCCUUUUCGACCCCCUUCUCUCCCUCCAUCUCCGGCGAUUCUGUCGCCUCUUCUUCUCACACCGCCACUCAAUCUAACCCUAACCAUCUCAAGGUCGGCCUCACGUUUCGGAGGAUGGAGAAUAUUAAGGUUUGGGCGGCGGCAUUGAAAUUACGAUACUUAAUCAAAGGCGAGAUCCCGCUGCCGAAGACGAAGCCAUUCGACCAAAGCACCCCGCCCAACAGCCAACCACAGGACCCAACCAGUCCCCCCAAUCCGACUAUUAUCACCGCUACCAAUACCAAUAAUAAUAGUAGUAGUAGUAGUCAUGAUUCUGGAUCUAUCGUCAAGUUUGAUCCUAAGAUGAUCGCUAAAAAGUCCGACGGUUGGGAUCUGGCGUUGGUUUAUAUGGCCUCUAAAUGGCUUGACUCGAUCAAGGCUGAGAAACGUGAAGAAGUCUUGUUUUCUAAAUGAUCUCUUGCUUUCCUCUUAUAUCUUCCUCAUAACAAUUCACAUUUCCUUCUUCUCGUCAUCCUCUCUCUCUUUUUUUUUUUCUACGCUUUUUCUAUGUUCGUUAUUUCCGUUCUCGUGACCUCGUCUUCAUUUUUUUUUAGUUAAUCUUCUAACGAGCUUUCUUCAUUUUUAUAAUCUCGCGUCUAAAUUUCUGUCGGUCUCAUGAAUUUUCUGCUUCUUCUUCUUUUUGUUCUUUCGUCCGUCUGUCCUCGUCUUUUCCCG